CCAUUUUAUUUCCUCCUGUCUACCCCCCUAGCUCUCGCUCUCUCCCUUCCUCCCUCUCAGAAUUCCCCCCUACCUGUCUGAACAGGGAGCAGUAGAGCGCUGUGGGACAGAGGAGAGAAAGAGGAGAAUGAAAGAGAGAGGAGGAGAGUAGGAGGAACAAAGACAUAGUGAGGGAGAACAGGAAAGUGGUGUGUGUAUUGAGAAGAGAGUGGACUGACGGAGAGGUAGAGAGUAGAGGGGUGCAUAAGAGAAGCGUUGUGAGGAGGUUGCUCUGUUUUUGUCCUUUGGAAAACCUUUUCCCUGUUGGUGUCGUGCUGGCUUGUUAUGGAUGCUAUCAUGCUGCAGGAGAAACUAGUGGAACGCUUGCUGUGCCCUCGAGUCAGAACCGCGAGGCGGAAGGAGAAGCAGUAUGUGGGCUUUGCCACCCUCCCUAACCAGGUGCACAGGAAGUCAGUGAAAAAGGGUUUUGACUUCACUCUCAUGGUCGCCGGGGAGUCUGGUAUGGGUAAAUCUACUCUUGUCAACAGCCUGUUCCUCACAGACCUGUACAAGGACAGGAAACUACUCAACGCUGAGGAGCGCAUCAACCAGACAGUGGAAAUCAUUAAGCAUACAGUGGACAUUGAGGAGAAAGGAGUGAAGCUCAAAUUGACCAUUGUAGACACGCCAGGGUUUGGAGACGCUGUCAACAACAAUGAAUGCUGGAAGCCGAUCACAGACUACAUCGACCAGCAGUUUGAGCAGUACUUCAGAGAUGAGAGUGGACUGAACAGGAAGAAUAUACAGGACAACAGAGUCCACUGCUGCCUCUACUUCAUUCCUCCGUUCGGACACGGACUGCGUCCAGUAGAUGUUGAGUUUAUGAAGGCUCUCCAUGAGAAGGUGAACGUGGUUCCUCUCAUUGCCAAGGCUGACUGUCUCACUCCCAAUGAGAUCAAGAAACUCAAAGACAGGGUCCGUGAGGAAAUUGAGAGGUUUGGCAUUAAGGUGUACCAGUUCCCAGAGUGUGACUCUGAUGAGGACGAGGAGUUCAAACAACUGGACAAAGAACUGAAGGAAUGCUGUCCGUUAGCAGUGAUUGGCAGUAACACAGUGGUUGAGGCCAGGGGCCAGAGAGUGAGAGGGAGACUCUAUCCAUGGGGUAUUGUGGAAGUGGAGAACCAGUCUCACUGUGACUUUGUGAAGCUGAGGAACAUGUUGAUUCGCUCUCACAUGCAUGACCUCAAAGACGUGACAUGUGAUGUGCACUAUGAGAACUACAGAGCCCAGUGUAUACAGGACAUGACCAGUAAACUGACGCACGACAACCGCAUGGAAAGCCCGAUCCCCAUCCUGCCCCUAUCCACCCCAGAUGUGGAGACAGACAGACUCAUCAAGAUGAAAGAUGAAGAGUUGGCGAGGAUGCAAGAGAUGCUAAAUAAGAUGCAGCAGCAGAUCCAUGAUGGGAAGGACCAGUGAGCUACAGCCCCAUCUGCUGGCAACUGAACUACAACCACAACUUCAGACAUGUUACUUACAUACCAACUAUAAUGUAAUCAGGGGUGAAAGUAUAUUUAAAGAGGACCUCCUAUGCGUGCACGUGCACGCCAUUUUGUUAUGGGCCUAAUAAUAUAAUUAGUUAUAGAACCCCUAUUAAUUUAAUAGGAUCUCUGUGACCUAAUAGUAAAGAUUACUGUUAACUUUUAAAAUGUAUUGGCCUACCUAUUAAUGUAUCAUAAACACAACCAGUCAUAAUGUUUUCAUCUGAUUGUCAAACAAUUACUCCAAAAGGUUACUAUAGGCUUCCCGCGCACAUUAUUCCACUCUAAAAUAAUUCCUGCAUCCUUGCACUGUGCACCUGCCAUUUGAUAAAUGCUAAGAGACAUCAGUUGCAAAACACCAAAACGUUUAGUGAAUGACAUUCUGUGAUGGUCAUUCACUAGGCCUACAAAAGUCUUGUAACCUGAAUUGAUGCGUCCUCUGCUGUCCACGCCCGUCUCGGCCACUUAUCUCUGCCUUGGCAAAAUGUAUGUGUUAUUGUCGAACCACGCUGCAUUUUCGAGCGUAACCCAAUCGUUUUUGUCUGUUCGCUCAUUCUUCAUGCGGUAAUGAUAAGUAAUAGUAUAUAAGCCUACAGUUUUCUUAGAAUCACUCUGUUUUAAUUAUUGUGACAGGCUCAUGCUUUACCGGUACAGUGUACCCCCACUAUUUAUUUUGCCGGUACGCCGUACAGGACCUGCUUACUUUCACCCCUGGAUAUAAUCAGCACUGUGUUGGAGGAAAACAGUAGCUGCAUGUUCAUUGGUCAUUUGUUUUUUGGUGCUUGCAUAUUUGGUCUGUCCUGCAACGAGAAAUGUGGUGUUUUUACUGUAUCUUGUGUCCAUUUGAACCCCAUUAAUAUUAUUGACGGUCCUAGUAACAUAUGACAUAACAUAAACAUGUCAUAUAAAUGACCUGUUAAAUGUAUCCAAUUUAUUAUAAAUAUGGUGAAUACUUUUGGGAUAUUCUGUCAGGUGAUGAAGACGCAUUACAAAAUGUUUUGUAAAACAGCGAUAUUACUGAUGUUAAAGUUUGAAUCCUUGUUGAUGUUGAACGCGUGUGAGUGUGUGUGUGUCUGCGUGUUUCCAUAUGUAUCACCCUCUAUUACGAGAACCUUGUUCUGCUUUGAAACUGUGAGAAUUUGCUUUCCCUUUCUUAGUGGCAUUUCUUGUAUGUUCUAGCUACAGACUAAUGAACAAUAGGCUACCUAAGAAUCUGAACAUAAAUGUAACGUAUUAACUUUUUACUGCUGGUCUCUACUUCGACUUGUUGAGAAGUUGAGAAGACCUUUCUCAUGUUUUGGUGCUUGUGAAUGAGAUUGAACAUGUCUCUAGUGCCAGUUGCUUACCUUACAGUGAAUUGAGCCCCUCUGACAUACAGUACAUAGCAAAUGAAAGGGUAGGGACAGAACAGUAAGGGGUGCAUGUGCAAGCAUGCCGAAGUUACUCAAAUAUGCUUACAGCUGGAUUUCCACUCUCUCAUAUGAUGCAAUGUGUUUGUUCUGAAAUGCAUUAUGACCUAUGCCACAGUACCACUAUGGGAUGGUAAAAAGAGGCCACAUUUUAAGAGGAGCUACUGUAUAUGCUUCUGUCCAAUAUGGCAUAUGUGUGUGUAUGUGUGUGAAGUUUAUGCUGCCUUCUGGCUGUGUCAUACAGGAUGGUGAUUGUGGCUUUUUAUAGUGCUAGCGCUCAGAGGUCAUGGUGGAACUACUGACCAGGUUAUGAGGACGAAUAAACAGUCUUGAUUCAUAUCAGUGUUUCUUCAAUAUAUCUUCAUCUGAAAAAAA